UAAAUAUGAGACCGGGGAUGUCUGAGACUCAGUCUGCCCUCGAGCCCACCAGGAACGAAAGAGAGCUCCAUCUGCCCUCCAGGAACCCAGCUAUGAACUCCCUCUUCACAAGCGCCUUCAGUCCACUCGCUGUCUCCCUGGGGCUGCUCCUGGUGAUGGCUUCUGCUUUUCCUACCCCGGGUCCCCUGGGAGAAGAUUUCAAAAAUGACACCACCCCAAGCAGACUACUUCUGACCACUCCAGACAAAACCGAAGCUCUCAUUAAGCACAUCGUCGACAAAAUCUCUGCAAUGAGAAAGGAGAUAUGUGAGAAGAAUGACAAGUGUGAAAACAGCAAGGAGACACUGGCAGAAAAUAACCUGAAUCUUCCAAAAAUGGAGGAAAAAGACGGAUGCUUCCAAUCUGGGUUCAAUCAGGAGACUUGCUUGAUCAGAAGCACUGUUGGUCUUUUGGAGUAUCAGACAUAUCUGGACUACCUCCAGAAUGAGUAUGAGGGAGAUCAGGAAAAUGUCAAGGAUUUGCGGAGCAGCAUCAGAACACUGCUCCAGAUCAUGAGGCAAAAGAGCAUAGAUCUAGUAACCACUCCAACCACAAACCCGGACCUGCUGGAGAAGAUGCAGUCCUCAAACGAGUGGGUAAAGAACGCAAAGAUUAUCCUCAUCCUGAGAAGCCUUGAGAAUUUCCUGCAGUUCAGCCUGAGAGCUAUUCGGAUGAAGUAGCUGGGGCCCCCAUGACUGUGGUAGUUCCUGGGCAUUCCCUCCUCUGGUCAGAAACCUGUCCACUGGGCACAUGACUUAUGUUGUUCUCUAUGAAGAACUAAAAGUAUGAGCGUUAGGACACUAUUUUAUCUUUAAUUUAUUGAUAUUUAAAUAUGUGAUAUUGAGUUAAUUUAUAUACAUGAUAGGUAUUUAUAUUUUUAUGAAGUGCCACUUGAAAUAUUUUAUGUAUUUGGUUUGAAAAAGUAACGUAAAAGUGGCUGUGCGGCUUGAAUGUUUUUGAAUAUUGUUUUGGAGCCAAAUCAUUUCUUGAAAUGUGUAGGCUUACCUCAAAAAAUUUGCUAACUUAUGCAUAUUUUUACAGGCAUAUUUAUAUUGUAUUUAUAUAAUGUUUAAGCUGUUUUUAUGCCAAUAAACUUCUUUUUUAAAGAAAAAAAAGCAACUAAACCUCUGUAUGUGUCCCAUGAAGCUUAGUAUAAACAAGUUUCUGUCACUACCACCACCACUAAAACAAAAAGCUACAGUCACCUGGAGGAAGGUAUAAUUGAGCACCUACUGCAUGCCAGGCACCGAGCCAAUGCAUUGCAUGCAUCAUAUUUAAUCCUUGCAUUUGCACACUUUUCUCUGGAGGUGGGAGAGUAAGUGAUUCCCUCGGUCACCCAGCUGAAAAGUAAACCACAGGCCCGGUCUUCCUGCCUCCAGGCUCCCUACUCUUAACCUUUAGGUCCUCUGCCUCCCAGGGAACUGACAGAUGAUGUAGAAAAUCCCAAGAAAAUACAGGGAAUACAUUUUAAAGAUGCAAUCACACACCUUUAAGAUGGUAUAACCACUUACAGAAGACAUAGCAAUAUGCAAGCUUCUGAAUAAUAACUAGAAGUUUUUAUUCCUGGGUUCCUCAAACUGCACAGACC